ACCGCAACAAGAAGCCCGUGCACCACAACGAAGAGUAGCCCCCGCUCACCGCAACUAGAAAAAAAUAAAAUAAAAUAAAUAAAGUCAAUGACAAGGAAAUUCAGGCAGACAAGACAGAGAAAGGCCACAGGGUUUUCAGAAACUAUUUCAUCGUGAUCUCACUUCCCUUUUGUAAAUAACCAUUGGCUUUUAAGGUUUCCAGACAAAAGUUACUCUCCCAGGGCUGAGAUUGUUUGGGUCUGAGAUGUUACCUCAGUGAUGGAGAGUGUGGCUGGAACUCAAUACUUUCUGACAGUUAAUGCCCGAAGCCUGUGGGGUGGGAGGAGAGGGGACAUCUUGUGUAUAUGAGAGGAAAUAGAACAUUGAGGUCCCCUCAGUUCCCCCCACAGGAGGGGGAAGGAAGCAUUGCAGAAAGGAAUGCAUUUUUCCUAAGUGGAAGAGUUUGGAAGUUCAGGUCAAAGUCAGAAUAUUAGAGCAGGGAGCUGUGCAUAUAUCACCUAGCACAAUUUUCUCAUUUUAUAAACUUUAUAAAUGAGGAGGCAGACCUAACAAGGUUAUAUGACAUAGCCCAAUUCGUGUUAGAGCAAAGGCUAAGAAUUAGGCUCAUGACUGGAGUGGAAAGGGCACCUAAACAUGAGUAUAAGGAAUAGAACAUUCAUAGUGGUAUUUCCCACCUCCUAGUCCAGUGCCUGACACAUAGUAGGUGCUUCAUAAACAUUGGUCACAGGACUCACCAGUUGGCUGACUUGACUGAAUGAAUGCAUGAGUGAUACGUUUCUACCUGUGUUUCCAAUAAAUACUGUCCAUUUCAAACAGAGGACUAUAUAUUAUUUCACCAGAGACAGUAGAGGGCUCACUCUACUUGCCAAGAGACACUUGAUGAAGUAAUCCUUUUCUUCCUCUGAUUGUUGCUUCCUCUUUGUUGAUGCGGACAGAAUAAAUGUCAGAGUCCUCACAGGAUGUGUGUGGUCUAGCAUAGGAGAGAAGCAGGGUUUCCUUUGCCGUCAUCAUAGACUUGACAGUGUUAAUAGAGGAGUGAUUGGUCGUCAGACAUCUGGUGUGCUGGGCCUGCAGUUGGGAGAGUGGCCACUGCUCCUGUGACUGGGGAGGAGAGACAGUUCCAGGAAGUACCCAGUUCAGCUGGAGAAUUAAAACGGCACCUAAACAGAGCCAUUCUUUGCCUUUUCUUCUUCAGAACCCAUGUUUUCACAUUUUUCCUUUGACUGUGUCCUGCUCUUGCUGCUACUACUUACAAGGUCUUUGGAAGGAGUAUACGUGUCUGAGGUGGGUCAGGAUGCUGAUCUGCCCUGCGCCUACUCUCCACCCACCCCUGAGGAUCUCGUGCCUGUGUGUUGGGGCAAGGGACCCUGCCCUUUGUUUCAAUGUCACAGUUUGGUACUCAGCACUGAUGGAAGGAAUUUGAGCUAUUGGACAUCCAGCAGAUACCUACUAAAGAGGAAUUUCCGCAAAGGAGACGUGAGCUUGACCAUAAAGAAUGUGACUUUAGAGGACAGUGGGACCUAUUGCUGCCGGAUCCAAUUCCCAGGCCUAAUGAAUGAUCAAAAAUCAAACCUGGAGUUGGUCAUCAAACCAGUAAUUUCUGCUGCCCCUUUGAUUCCCUGCAACAAGCUCUCUGCUCUCAGAGAAGCCUCAUCCUUACGUUGGUUUCUGUCUUUAGCCAAGGUCAACCCUGCUGGGACUCCAUGGAGGGACAUCACUACAGCCUUUCCAAGGAUGCUCACCACCGAGGGACCUGGCUCAGAGACACAGACACUGGAGACCCUCCAUGAUAAAAAUCAAACAGAAAUAUCCACACUGGCUAAUGAGUUACAAGACAUGGGCGCCACCACCAGAAUAGGCCUCUACAUCGGAGCAGGGGUUUCUGCUGGGCUGGCUCUCGUUCUUAUCUCUGGUGCUUUAAUUCUCAAAUGGUAUUCUGAUAGCAAAGAGAAGAUACAAAAUUUACGCCUCAUCAGUUUGGCCAACCUCCCUCCCUCGGGGUUAGCAAAUACAGCAGGAGAGAGGACACAUCCAGAGGAAAACAUCUAUACCAUUGAGGAGAACGUAUAUGAAAUGGAGGAUCCAUACAAGUAUUACUGCUCCGUCAGCAGCGGGCAGCAGUCCUGACAACCCCUGGGCUGUUGUCUUUCAACGCCACCAGAUUCACCACUUCCUUUUGGGGUUUGGUGUUAUCUUCUUUGAAAACUAUGAGAUGGCUCACCUGACUGGUUUUAGAGGUUCUGUCCUUGGCCACGGAGCAGAGUUUUUCCAUGUUUUAAAGAUAAGGAGCUCACCCGAGGAUUGAACUGGGACCAGCAUUGUACUUAGACAGGCACAACAUUACCUCUGUGUUCCCGCCACCCAACUCGGAGGCUGCUAAUCAGGGCAUUAGAGCUCAAAUGGGCUUUUAUAGAGAGUAGGAAUUCUUAAUAUGGGGUCUCUGGAAUUCCAGAUAUUCAGUUAUAUGGUGUGUCCAUGAAGCUUCUGAAAAUACAGGGGAAAUUAUGUGCUGAGAUACGUGCGUGUCUUUUUCGGUACGGGAAGUCUAAAGGGGCCGCCGAUUCUCAAAGAGCUCUGUGAACCGUAGCAGGUUCGGAAACUAUUGGAGUAGGAGUAGAUGGUCUUGAAGGUUCCCUUUGAGUCUCAAGGUUGAUGCUUCUUUGAAUGUUGACUCUGUGACAGUAAGUGCCAGUGCACAGCUCUCCUUGGCCUAAGUUAAGAAGACUGCCCAGCAAGGCCUGUGGUGUGGCAGGUGCUCCUGGAGAAAGAGGAAGUAUGCUUAGUGUGUGUUGACAGGUUUUGCUUGGGGUGCACUCAGAGGGAAAGAUCUCUGACCAACUUCUCCAUUCAUGGAGAGAACUGGAGCUGUGUUUCUCACAAAAGAAGAAGCAGUGACUGGGACACAAAUUCUGUUUCCUGGUGGAAAGUAGGUUAAGGGCUCCAGCCAUCUGUAUUUGUCCCUGUCAGAUCCCCUGAUGGAAAGACAAUGGCCCUUAAGCUUUUAGUUCCAAGAUGGUAGAGAGUAGGUCUAUCUUGCCUAUUUGCUUCCUCCCCAGUCUUGGCACAGCUCUGACACAUAAUACGGGUAGAAAUUUACUAAAUAUCUUUGGAGUGAAAAAAUUAAAGAAGCAGAAAGGUAGAUUCCUGGGAAGACUUUUCCAUUGGAGAGCUCAGAUAGAGCUUCACUUGUUGGGGAACUCGAAAAUACUCCUAAGCUCCCUUUUCUGCUCUUGUCCAGCAUCUGCUCUUCUCAGCAUCCUCUCCCUUCUCAGGCCCUUGGAAGUGUGUUAUUGUCUUUUUUCCCCUUUCUGCUGAAUGAAUCAACAAUAGGGACCUGUCGCUGCCUGAAAACUGCCUUCCCCAGGUGAUGACUGAGCUGCUACUGCAUUGCAUGCAGGAGAUGUUGGUCACCAAGGAUGCAGGCAGCCUGUCUGUUGCAGUGUUUGGGCUGCAUCUGGGCAGUAUUGGGAAGCACUGGCUUUCUACAGGGAGAUCGGUUUGCAAAGUUCCAGGCAGUAGCUUUUAAACAAGCUGAAAAAUUAAGUGUUUUAAAUUUAUGAAAUUCUAGAGGGAAGGGACCACAGAAAACAUAUGAACCAGAUUAAUGAUUCCCCCACAAAAGGGAUUCUUAUUCUGCAAAAAUCUUUACACAAGGAUAUAUAUACAAGGGCGAUCAUUGCAAUGGUGUUUGUGAGAGAUGUUUUCCAUCAGUUGGGGAAUAAUUGGUUAUUGUGGUAUGUCAACACACUGGCACAAGUAAAAAAAAUUAGGUGGUUUCAUCAUUGAGCUGUUUUGCUAAUUCAACAAAUAUUAAGUGGUUACUCUGUGCCAGGUUCUCUGGUGCUGGGAUCAUAGAGAGAGACCAAAUAGACACAUCCCUGACCCCACAGAACUUCUGAUUGAUCUGACAGGAAGGAUGAUUUCAUUCAGUCAGUCAUUCUUUCAGUGAGCAUUUUUUGUCGACUACUUUGUGCCAGACACUGUUUUAGUUCCUAGAAAUAUAGCAGUUAAGGAAACAGACAAGAUCCCGACUCUCACAGACCUUGUGUUACUUGUCAAAGGAGAAAUCUAUAUUGCUAAGUCAAAAGAAAAAAGAGUUCUAGAAUAGUAUAUAUAGUUAAUGCUAAUUUUUUUUUGCCUUUAAAUAAUCCAGAAGAAUAUUCCCAAAUUAAUAUGGUUAUUCCACAAGGGCAAAUAGUCAAAAGAUAGUUUCACUUUUUGCUUUUAUGUGCUUCUAUAAUUUGAAUUAUUUUAUCCAUUUUUUGUAAUAAAAAAUAGAUUUAAAUACUGUAGCAAUGUUUUCCUGUCCACCCUCCUCCUCAUAGAAAGAAAUUAAGACUUGGAUAAGUUAAGUUCAAGGUCAAGGCAGGCAGUAGAGUGCGCCAGCACUCUAGACGUGUCUAGAGUGUUCCAGCAGAGAUUGGAACCCUGGUUUUCAGGGUAGGAUCCACUCUACAUCAAUUAUUUGUAAUACAGAAGAUGGCAGAAAGGGUAACAAACUAUCAAGCUACCCCAGAGGGUCUGGGCAAUGGCAAGUGGUCACUUAAUUAAAAACAAUGUAAAAAGAUUGAAUGUAUGGUUUGCUCUUAGAAGUGCUUAGGAUUUUUCUCCCAGAGCUCUGCCAUAGAGACCCACAGUACAAGAAGAGGCUCCCUGAUCUCUUCAGACUGAAAAAUUAAGGUCUUACCAUGUUUUAACUGCCUAUCACUUCUAGUGUUAGAAUUCCCCAGGCAGAAAUUCCAAGUGGUUUAACCUGUCAUUAAUUUAUUUGGGGGCAUCCCUUCAUGCCUAGUCCCAUAUAAAUUUAAUUCUCAUUUAAGUUUGAAUUUAAAAAAACUGAAUACAAAUUAAUUUUCUGUCCAGAUUUCUACUGAGAAAGUCUUUCUAGAGGUAAGUAGAGAUGCCCUUCGUGCUGUAAUUUUUAAGAUUUUUGUCAUCCUUUUCUGGGGCUCAGUUGGGAAGUGGGAAAAAGGAGAGGGUCAGCUGGAACACUUGGUUGGAGGGUUCUCAAGCUUCAGGAGGGCUCAGAUUUUGGCCUAUUUUCAGUGGAAAACCUAUGCAGUGGAGCAAUAUGAGUUUCAGGAUUCUAGAUCCUCUAAUAUCUUUUUUUUCAGUUGUAUUGACUAAUUAUAAAGGUCAUUCCAAGUCACUCUUUUAUUAUUAGUAGUUUUCUUUUGUAAAUUCUUAGUCAAACUCCUUCUGCUUAUGGUGUGACUGUUUUUCCAGAGAAAGCAGUGAUGUUUAAAGAAAAAAAAAGUUAUUUAAGCUAUUCAGGUGUGGUGGUGGCACUGGGACAUCUGUUUAAAUACCCACAUUAUUUUAAUAUAAUUGUUUUGUGGGUGGGUCACCUUUGGAAAAUAUUUUAUUAUAGCUUUAUAGUCUAUACUUAACAACCUGCUUCAUGAUAAGUUGACAUGUCCUUUGUAAUUUCUACAUUUUGAAAUUGUACUUUUUCAUGCAUUUUACACCUAGUUUGUGUAAAAUAGAAAUAUUUCACACUCCAAUGCAGUGUUAUCUUCUUUUGGUCAGUUCUGAAAUAUCCUUAUAUCCAUAUAUCUAUAUCGAAUCUGUUUUAAAUUUUAUUACCCAGUUUUACUUGCCAUUCCUGUUCACUUGCACGCAGAAUUUAGUUUUUAUUCUGGAAACCCUUAAGUGAAAAGUAACAACUGUAAAAAUAUAGGUGAAGGUUGCUAUACUAAUAAUGUAGAUUUUUUAUUCAUUUCUUUAUCCCAAAGUUCACCACAAGAUUUUAGCAAAAAUCUCUUGACCUUAAUCUGAGGGCUGAAGCAAGGAGCCAAUGGUGAGGGGCUUUGAAAGCUGCCAGCUGCCCAGGCCUCAGUGAAGUCCUCAGAGGGGUGCUGCCUUUCCUGUUCUCUCCAGCAAGCCUCCUACUCCAACAAAAAUUCCUGGUAGCUAAGCAGCAGCCAGACAGCUUCUAACCACCAGGGAAGAAAGGAGUUUUCUGAAUAGAUGGAAUUUCAGGUGAGAACUAAGGAAUAUGACAUUUAGUUAUCCUAGCUGCCUUAUUUCAAGCAAAUGUGUUUACAAGGAACUCUGGGUGGGCAAGCUAACUUGGAGUCAAUUGCUUUACAGUACGUUGAGACUCCGAGUAAGAAUCUCUAAGCAGAAAAUACAUCUUGUUAGAGUGCUUGUUUCCCUUUUUUUUUUUUUUUAGGUUUUUAUUUUGAAAUAAUUUGAGAUUUGCCGAAAAAUUGCAAUGAUAGUACAAAGAGUUCCUGUAUUCAGCAGUUUUUUCAGUUAACAGCUUAUAUAACCGUGGUACCAUCUGUCAAAACUAAGAUCUUAACAUUGGCACAUGACUAUUAACUAAACUACAAAUUUUGCUUGGAUUCCUACUACUGGCUUUUAAAAUUAUAAAUUAAGUGCUUUUUGAAAAAUAGAGUAGAGGCUAAAUUAAAGGUGAAAGUCCCUAUUCCGUGUCCUCUCUAUCAAAAUUUCUCCCCAGUCCUACUCCCCAGGAACAAUCCUUCUAGGCCAGCACUGUCCAGUAGAAAUACAGUGUUGUUGUUGUUUUUCAUUUUAAGUCUUCACAAUCCAGUGAGUGUUUUCCAUUUAGAGCACAUCUCCAUUCUGACUAGUCACAUUUUAAGUGCUCAACAACCACAUGUCGCUAUUGGCUCUAGAAUUAGCAAAGUUCUUGGCCAUUCUCUAUUUUUUCUCUCAUAUACAGACACACACACACACACACACACACAUACACACACACACACGCACACACACACGGUAACCUAAUUUCUUCCACUGCUUAUAGAAGGCCAUCGCUCCAUGUCAGAAUGGGACAACAGCCUUUACUUAGAUAGCUAUGUAGUACUAAGUAGAACAAAUGUGCAUAACCUAUUAAAUCACUUUCGCAAGCAUAGAUGUUUAGUUGGGUUUUUCCCCCCCUCAUUUCAAAUAAGGCUGCAAGGAACAUCCUUUAUUCAAAAACCUAUGUGCAUUUGUUUACUUCCAAUGUAUAUGAUUCUGGAUAUGGAAAUGCUGUGUCAAAGGAUGUGAUUGUAUUUGAAGUAUCAUGACAAUAGAACAGUAGUAUAUAUAUACAUAUAUAUAUAUUUUUUAACAUCUUUAUUGGAGUAUAAUUGCUUUACAAUGGUGUGUUAGUUUCUGCUUUAUAACAAAGUGAAUCAGUUAUACAUAUGCAUAUGUUCCCAUAUCUCUUCCCUCUUGUGUCGCCCUCAGAACAGUAGUAUAUUUUUGAACAAAUAUACCAGUCAGUGUAUUACUAAAUGCAUAUUAUCUUUCUCAAGGCAGUCAUUUUAGAAAGCAAUUUAUUUCAACAGUGUUCCUUUCACUCAAAGUAAUUUGGUUUUGGUUUUUGAAAUUUGACUUAAGAAUCAGUUUAAGCUAAAAUAACUAGGCCAAGUGACUCUCGUAGGCCUUAUUCCUUUGUAGUCACAUUUAAUAUUUAUUCACUCAUUUAUUUCCUCCCUCCCUACUCCCCUCCCUACAUUCCAUCCAUCCAGUUCCACUUUUGCUUUCCUAAUAGUUUGUUCUCCUCACACAGCAGCCUAAGUAUUUUCUUUUUCUUUUUUAAAACUCAUCAACCAGGUUCAAUUACUCUGUUAUUUAAAACCUUUCAACAGCUCCACCAGGGCCUGAAUUUCUUCUGACCUCACCAACCCCUCCUUUUUUUUUGUUUCAUCUACACUGGUUUCCUUUCUGCUUCUAGAACAGACCAAGUUCUUUCCGGUUCCAGCACCUUUUUUAGUGAACUUGUGUCCCUCUGUUUAGAAUGCUUCUUUCAGACUGUUUGCAGAGCUGUCUUUCUCAUCUUUGAGAAAUAUCAUCUUAAAUAUCAUCUAAGAGCUUUCCCUGAACACCCUAUCAAAAGUGCCAACCUGCCCAUCUCUAUUCUAGUUUAUUCCCUACGUAGUUUGUUUGAAUCUGAAAUUCUAAUUGUUUACAUUUUUGUGAUUUGUCUCCCCCAACCCUCAACUGGAAAGUAACUGUCACUUAUCUUAUAUCUUAAGGACCUAGUGCAAUGCUUGACCUGUAGUGGGUGCCAAAUAAAUAUUUGUAGAUGGAUUGAAUGAAUGAAUGUAUGCCUGCUGUACUGCAGACUCAAGCCACAAUACAGGCACCACAGAUACUACAAAGAUUUGUUUUUCCUUCAAGGAAGUCAGAGUCCAUCAGGACAGCAUGGUGGCCAAGCAAAUGAUUAUAAUAAAAGGCAAUAAGCUUUGGCAGACCUGCAUACUAGAUUCUGAGUGAUGCAGAAAAGCAGUUUUUGGUGAUUUCUUUUUCUUUUUCCUGAAAAUACUAACUCUUGUCUUCACCACUUCUUUAAUUUAGCUCUAUAAAAUUCCAGCUGACUCUCAUUGAAUAAGGAUAGCCUGGCACAUAGCAGACACUCAAUAAAUAUUAAUUGGGUGAAUGAAUUAAGUGAUACAGGUGACAUGGAUCCCAACAGCGGACCUCCAAAAAACAUAUAGUGACCCAAUGUAUUUUCUACUUUGUAGAAAAACAUGCGAUUUGCAGUGUAAGCCCUUGUAUAUUUAUUAAAGCAUUAUUUUAUAAUCGUUCAUCUUUCUGGAGGCUUGGUGAUGUCUGAAUGUUGCUUUAGGCAACUUAAAUUGCUUUCUUUUCUGUCUAUCUGGGAUAAAGAAAAGGAUGGUUGUAAUUAGGCUGUGAAAAACAUGUUACACAAAUGUAAAAGACUUCCACUUUUGUAAGAACCUGCAGUUUUGGGACGUGUUUUUUGUUUUCUUUAGUCAAAACCCUUUACGUGUAUUAUACAAGCAGUACAUUGGUACAUUCUUGUUGUAAAAUGCUCAAAUGAUACAUAAAUAUAUAGCCUUCAACUGAAA